CAGACUAAAGCUGUAGUAAGAGAUAUGCCCAGAUCCUAGAGGCUUGUAUUACUUCAGAUCCAUUUGAGACAGAGAGUACCUAACGACUCUGAGGGGCUAAAGAAAAUACCAAAAUGGCUGUCUCAUACAGGAAUAUUCUGUUGGCCAUUUUAAGUCGUGUCAUUUUCACGGUACACGGUUUUCUUUUGGUAUGGCAAGUGGUAUUAGUAAAACAAAAUUCUCUCUACUGGACACUGGUGAUUGGUCUUCUAUUGCUGUACAUGGAAAUGGCGCUCACCCUAACCGUAACCAGAAAAGGAGAAUGGAAAUGGUUUAGUCCUACAGUCUUUUUGUACCUGGCAUCUGUCAUACCCUCCAUAUUCUUGUUGGAACUUGAAUGUCUCGAAGCACGAACCUUGAUGAGCAAUUCCUCAACAAGCAUUGCGCAGGUAACAGGGGUAUCACAUUUUGAACCAACGAUGCUAUGGUUAGACGAAUUGGAGCAGGUCAUGGUUUUGGUCUUAGUUUUAACACGCUGGCUGAUGCCAAAAGGGGAGAUGAGCAGAGACCAACUCUCUCAACUACUACUUAUCUAUAUUGGAUUAGGCGCUGAUCUCCUGGAUAUACUUUUAUUGAUCAAGGAACCAUCUGUUGCGACCAACCAGAAUGUGACCAUCGUGGGACUCAGUCUUUUUAGUUGGGCAGUUCUACAGUUCACCCUGGUUCUCACUCAGACCGGGUCUGCAAAACCUGAGGAGACAGAGAAUUACACAUACUCCUGCUGCACCAGUGAAGUAUGGAGUCUGCUAGUUGCGGUGAUAAUGCAGGAUGGACCCUUUCUUGUCUUCCGUCUUUACCUGACCAUCAAUGAGAAAGUGCUCAAUGAGAUGAUGAUUUUCUUCAUCUGCAAAAAUAUAUUAACAGUCUUCUUGGAAGUAUAUCGGAUUGCUGUGAUUCAAUAUGAAGGUAGUAAAAGCAGAAAUAAAUGAUUGUUUCUGUAUUUCACAAAUUUCCUAAAAUCAAACCAAGUUGAAAACCACUAUGCCCAGAUUGUAUAUGAGCAAAUAAAUUCUUCAGACUUAACCCACAA